AUGGCUGAAGUUCGCAGCUAUACGGCACGGCCAUUUACGAAACAGCCUAAAAGUGAUCACCAAGAUGCCUUCCGUGUACAUCUAUCCUCCUCGUCAAUGGCUGCUUUAAGGCUUCGUGCCGGUGAUAUUUGCACAUUAUCGUCCGCUAUAGGGUCGAAGACUGCGAUUGCUUGGACAGCCAGUGAAAACAUACAGAGUACAGUGGUGCAGGUAUCAAAAACUCUCCAAGAAUGUUACGAUAUCAAAGUCGGGGAAAAGGUUGCCAUCACUAGAAUCAAUGGCUUACUGGAAGAGAUUGAAGCUGUCGUUCUGGUUGACUGCACCGAUCCCGCUAAGAUGGAGAGGUACGGCGGUCCAAUCCCGGCAGAGGACCGUUGCCACUGGGAAUGGGCAUUGGAGUUCAAACUUCUGAAAGGCGAGAUCAUCACCAAGAACUUGGUCUUCGAUCUUGAGCUCAAAAACCAGACUCGAAGCUUCCAAGUGGUGAACAUUCAUAUCGCAUCUCCACACUCUAGCCGUACGAUCUUUCGCUUCACAAAUGCAACCAAGGUCACCAUUGGCACUGAAGAAGAAUCGCCUCGGGAUGAGCCUAUUUCUGAACUAUUUGUGGAGUCCUCUGGGCUGGGUGGGCUCUCACGACAGAUUGACGACAUUAAUGAUAAUCUAUCGGACUUCAAUGUUGAUGUGCUCAAACCUACAAUGCCCUCCUUCUACGAAGACAGUCACGGAAUCCUUCUUUACGGACCCAAAGGAACAGGCAAAACCUCGCUUCUACAGCAGAUCGAAAAGGCUGGCUGGCGACAAGUUUUCAAAAUUCACUCUGGUACCCUCGGAAGGAGCACAGCUGAAAGCGAGUCAAAACUACGCAAGAUAUUCCAAGAAGCUGCUCACUCCAAGCCUAGUGUGAUCAUUAUUGAUCAGCUGGACUUUGUUGCUCCCAAGCGCACUUCCCUGGACUCUUCGUCGCUUGCCUCGGUCCUCUGCGAGGCUCUAGAUUCAAUCAGGGGCGCGUCGGUCAUGGUGAUAGCUGCGACUCGACACCCCAACAACGUCGAUGAUGCACUCAGAACCCCUCAUCGGUUAGGCACAGAGAUUGAGAUACAGAUUCCAACUGCACAGGACCGGGCUGAGAUUCUACGCGCGAUUCGUGGACCGGCAUCUUCAGGACUUACCGAUGCAUUGAUUGACCUGCUUGCCGAAAAGACCCACGGAUAUGUCGGAGCAGAUCUAUUUGCUCUACUUCAGCUCAUCUGUCGGAAAGCACGCCGUCGGCAGAUGCGCGAGCGCAAGUCUACUGCUCUACCCGUGGAGGCGUCCCCGAAAUCUGAUAUCUUGGAUAUCAGUUCUUUGGAUAUCAAUGGCGAUGCAGCCAAUGCUGGAAACGGUGGUUUUGUUGUGGACCUGGUCAUCCGCGAAACCGAUAUUUGGUCCUCGCUGCAGGAGAUCCGUCCUACUGCUAUGCGGGAGGUAUUCUUAGAGACGCCUAAGGUGAGAUGGUCCGACAUCGGCGGGCAGCAUGAUAUCAAGAAGCGGCUGCAACAGGCCGUCGAAAGACCCCUUAAGCAUCCUGAACGUAUGAAGCGUCUCAAUGUUAAGAGCAAGAAGGGUGUUCUCCUGUACGGUCCACCGGGAUGUUCCAAGACCCUCACCGUCAAGGCAUUGGCUACGGAGGCAGGCUUGAACUUCCUGGCCGUUAAAGGUGCUGAAAUUUUGAGCAUGUACGUCGGUGAGUCUGAGCGAUCACUGCGAGAGAUUUUCCGCAAAGCUCGCGCGGCACGACCAAGUAUCAUUUUCUUUGAUGAAAUUGAUGCUAUCGCUGCACGCCGCAGUAGUACUUCUCAAGGUGGUGUCAACGUCUUGACAACCCUCCUCAAUGAAAUGGACGGUAUCGAGGAGCUUCGAAACGUGUUGGUUGUUGCGGCCACCAACAAACCAGACGUCCUGGAUCCAGCACUCAUGCGUCCAGGUCGUCUGGACAACAUUCUCUACAUCGGGCCACCAGACUUCGAAGCUAGAAAGGAAAUCUUGCGCAUCUGGGCAAGCAAAUCCGUUCUUCACCCGGACGUUGAUCUCGACGAACUGGCUACUCAGACCGAAGGCUACUCUGGCGCAGAAGUUGUUAGUAUUUGUGAGACUGCAGGUGAUGCUGCAUUGGAUGAGGAAGAAGAGACACAGCAAGAGCAAGAUGUGCAAUUGAAGCACUUUGAGUAUGCCUUGAGUCAAGUGCGACGACAGAUCACUGACAGCGUCAUUCGUGAAUACGAGUCAUGGGGGGAUAUCCAAAAAUAG